CCAGCCUUCUCCAUCCAGAGCCUUGCUCCCCACACCACACCGAGAGCCCUCCUCCGCCUUGAAAACCCUAGCGAGCGAGCGAGCCAGCGAGAGGUCUCACCCCCACCACCCCAACCCAUGGAGCGCCGCCUCCACCACCUCGCGCUGCUGCUCGGCCUCCUCGCCUGGGCGGCGGCGGCCGCCACCACGGGAGCCGAGGCGCAGCCGGCGGUGUGCGACCCCUCCAUCAUCGCCACCCAGAUCGCGCUCUUCUGCAUGCCGGACAUGCCCACGGCGCCCUGCUGCGAGCCCAUCAUCGCCUCCGUCGACCUCGGCGGCGGCAUCCCCUGCCUCUGCCGCGUCGCCGCCCAACCGCAGCUCGUCCUCGCCCGCCUCAACGCCACCCACCUCCUCGCGCUCUACGCCUCCUGCGGAGGACAGCACACCGGGGGCGCCCACCUCGCCGCCGCCUGCCAAGGUCCGUCACCUCCCGCCGCCACCAUUCCCGUGAUCGCCCCGCCGCCGCCCGCCGCGCCCCGCCACAAGCAGCCAACACGCGAGGCCCCUCCCCCGCCGCUGCGGGGCGAGAAGCCGUCCCCGUCGCCCCAGCAGCAGCCUGGCGCCGCCGCCGCCCACGGCAAGGCCAUCCCCGCCAGCCCGGCCGCCUCCUUCUCCCAGCUGGCGCCGGCCGCCGCGCCCACGACGCCCACGCCACCGCACUCCGGCUCCGACCCCAUCGUCGCCUCCGCCGCGCUCCUCGUCUUCUUCAUCGCCGUCCUCAUCAUCCUCGACUGAGCCCACGGUGCCGCCCCGGCCGGCCGCCAACCAUCCGCCGGUGCCUGGCUUGAGCCCGUAGCAGCAGCAGAAGUCGUAGUGCAACUCUCGUUUUCACGAUUUCCCUGUAGUAGUGUCAUCAUCAGUAGUAGUAGUAGUGCCACUUGCAUUGGUCGUCGUAGUUCUGUUGCGUCUUAGUAGUAGCAUCAUCGGCAGUACUUGAUCGGUGGAUUUGGAAGGAGGAGGACGUGAUGGUUGGUCUAGCAGUAGCCCCCGUAUGGUCAUACUUUCGUUACUAUGGUGGUUUCGGAUGAAUAUAAUGGUGAUGGAAUUAAUCUUGGAUAGUUCGAUCUGGAACUUAAUUUCUGCUUGCUCUCAUGAUAAAUGCAGAUGGUAAUGGAAUGUGAACUUAGAUAAAUGUGGCUUGUUAUUUUGAUCUUA